ACUGUGAUGUCAUCAUCUGUGGAUGAUACCAGUCCUGAGCUGCUGCGUGCACUGGGUCCUGGUGUUACACUGCUUUCCCCUUUCCAUCUCUCCCAGUUCUCCCCCGAUGCCCUCAAGGACACCCUGAUGUCACUGGGGUCAGAGGUGAAGUGGGGUCUGACCCAGGCCAAAACACUGGCCAAUAAACUACUGCAGGGGAAGCAGGAGGUGUCUGGUAAGGAGUUAAUGUCUCUGGGUUCAGCUGUGACGGGCGUGGCCUCCUCUGUCCUCAGGAAGGUCAAAUCCCAGGGGCUUCUGGGUAAUGAGGGUCUGGACAUGAUGAGUCAAAAGAUGACCAGUCUACAGAGAAAAGCAUUGCUGGAGGGGCUGCUUGGGGAUGUGAAUGCCUCAGAGCUAAUCCAGAAAGUCCCUGCCUCUCUGCUGUCCAGCCUAUCCCUGAAAACCCUGGACAAGGCUAACCUGACCUCCCUCGACCAAUUGGAGGGCAAGCAGUGGACACGUGCACAGUCGGCCUUUCUGGUCAGAAAUAUCCUCGGCAAGAAGAUGACACUUCCAGACAUGCGGAAGCUGGGCUCGGCGAUGCAGGGCGUGGCCUGUGAGAUGAUUGAAAAGGUGUCUGAAAGUGGCGUCCUGGAGAUGGCCCAAGCUGUGACAGAGACUCCACGCUGGCUCUCUAAGACACAGGUGUGCUGUACUGCACAGAGUCUGUUUGCAGGUUUGGAGAACAAGAGAGCAGGCUACUUCAACAACAUCACAGACACAGAGUUGGAGGAGAUCCCCACCCUGCUGCUGCUUCACCUGCCGUGAUUACACACACACACUGGCAGAUUUUGC